AUGACGGGCCGUAAAGAGCGAAAUGCCAAUAGGAUUUCAAAUGCUAGAAGUAGAUUAAGAAUUGUUAAUCGUCAUGGAGCCAAUCAACAACCAAAUAACAAUAUCGAUGAAAAUUCUCACAAUGAUCAAGUCGCUACUACUUCACAUCGACCUUUCUUACGUAACACAACACGUAAUCAACAAUUAAAUAGUAAUAUCGAUACAAAUUCAAACAAUGAGCAUGUUAAUAAUAAUUCACAUCCACAUAAUACACGUAGUAUCAUACGUCCAAUUACUCAACAUUAUGGUCAGAGACCCAUUUAUGCACAAUUGUAUUUUUUCGAUACCGAUACUGCCAAUUACUCAAGAAUGAAUAAUCAAAAUAAUGAGCGGUGUCUCAGAUCAGUUAUGAAUAAAAUAUCCGAAGAAUUAGAUCGUGUCAAUCCUUAUGUGGGUUCAUUUAGAAAAAUGCAUGAACAAAUUGUUCAAUUUCCACGUAAAGAACUUUCAAUUGUAAUGAAAGCUGAUCGCGAUUUAGAUUUGCGUCGUUUUAACGAACCAAUUUCUACAGAUGUUGCUGUAAUUUUUACAUCAACUGAUGGUGAACCACCAUAUGAAAGGAAUAUGAUUGCAUUUCAUAAAGUAACAAAUGAAGUUCGAAAAAUUUCAAUUUUGGAGCCAUCCUUAGAUCCACUUGCUUAUCCAUUACUUUUUCCAAAUGGUGAUAAAGGUUGGCAAAAUAAUAUUAAACAUAGUGAUCCAAAUAAUAGACAAAAUAACAAUCCAAAUCGUAGACCAAAUAAUCGUAGACCAAAUAAUCGUAGACCAAAUAAUCGAAGACGAAAUAAUCGUAGAGGAAAUAAUCGUAGGCCAAAUAAUAAUCCAAAUCGUACAGGAAAUAAUAAUAAUGCAACUAUUAAUUUCAGAGAUAAAGUCACUAUGUCGCAGUAUGCGAGUUAUCGUUUAGCCAUUCGCAAUAACUUUAGUUUAUUACAUCAUUCGCAAAAAUUAUUUUUACAAUGGAUCGUUGAUAUGUAUGUUAGAAUAGAAAGUUCAAGAUUGCAUUAUCUUCGUCAAAAUCAAUCUACAUUACGAGCUGAAGUAUAUAGCAAUAUGGUUGAUCAUAUUCAUGGAAAUCCACAAAAUGUAACUACAAUUGGUCGUUCUAUUAUUUUGCCAUCAUCAUUUAUUGGUUCUCCAAGAAACAUGUAUCAGAAUUAUUUGGAUGCUAUGGUGAUUGUUCAAACAUAUGGCAAACCAAGUACAUUCAUUACCAUGACAUGCAACCCUAAUUGGUCGGAAAUAAAAGAUUAUUUAGGUCAUGAAACAUCAAAUUUCAGACCUGAUAUAGUU